CUCACUGCACCUUGACCCACGAGGAGGGCGACUGCCAGCGGGAAAUUUACUUUAGUGUCAUCGCUGCGGCUGGAGACCCCAAGGACAGAACGCGUCGGACUCGUCUGGGGUCUCCUCUGCCUUCCAGGUGGAGGCGGUAAUGUGCAGGAACCGGAAGGGUCUGGCUGUCGGAUGUCUGAUCAUCGUCUCCCUGGUCUCCGCUUUCAUCGCUCUCGUCCUCAGCAUCGUAGACGUCAGAAAUGUCUACCAGCCGUCACCUGAUAAGUACGGAAUUGUAUUUGACGCCGGAUCGUCGCACACCUCGCUCUACGUCUACCGGUGGCCGGCAGAUAAAGAGAAUGACACCGGCAUCGUCAGCCAGGUCCACGCGUGCCACGUAAACGGUCCGGGGCUUUCUGGCUACGCCGAUCGCCCAGACCAGGCCGGGGCAAGUUUAAAGCCCUGCAUGGACGAGGCAUUGGCCAUCAUCCCCAAAUCACAGCACGCGGAGACCACUACGCUCCUGGGGGCCACGGCUGGCAUGCGGCUUCUCAACCUGCAGAACGAGACGCUCACUCAAACCAUCUUCGCCGAAGUGUCGAAAACCCUUAGGACGUUCCCGGUGAGGUUCCAGGGCGCUCGAAUCCUCACCGGCAACGAGGAAGGUUCCUUGGGCUGGAUCACCGUCAACUAUCUCCUUGGCACCUUUGUGACGCAUUCCUUGAUGAACAUUUGGAUUCACCCUGGAAGCCAGAUCCUUGGGGCUAUGGACCUCGGCGGGGCUUCCACCCAGAUGACCUUCCUCCCCUCCGGGGCUAUUGAAGACAAGAGCACCGAGAUGAGUUUCCGCCUGUACGGCUACAACUAUACCAUCUACACCCACAGCUACCUCUGCUACGGGCAGGACCAGGUAUUCAAGAGGAUUCUCACACAACUCAUCCAGAACAAAGGAAAUGACCUGGAGAACGUUACUCAUCCCUGUUACCCAAAGGGUUACACCGGCAGCGUCUCCUUGUCGUCCGUGGUGGACAGUCCCUGCGUAACCCAGAUCCCCGGAGAUCCGGUCAGGAACGUCACCGUGAGGGGCACAGGUGAUCCCGACUCGUGUCUCACGGCUGUCCGGCACAUAAUGAAUUUCACCGCUUGUAAUAAAUCGCCUUGCUCGUUUGAUGGGGUCUACCAGCCACCGGUGCAGGGGGAGUUCUACGCCUUUUCGGCGUUUUAUUACACGUUAAGUUUCCUGAAUCUCACGAGCGGACAGUCCCUGGAAGCCACCAAUCGCUCGGUGCGGGCUUUCUGCUCCGAGGAGUGGAGUAAGCUUAUCGGUGCGUUCCCGUCGGAGAGCCAGACGCGUCUUUCUCAGUACUGCAGCUCCGCCACGUACAUCCUCACCCUGCUGACAGACGGAUACCGCUUCACCGACCGCACGUGGAACAACAUUCACUUCGCGAAGCAGAUCGGCGACGCAGAGGUCGGAUGGACGCUGGGAUACAUGUUAAACUUGACCAACAUGAUCCCGUCAGAAGCUGCCGGCCAGCUGAAGGGACAGAGAUACAGCUUCUGGGUGGCUUCACUGUUCUUCAUUGCCCUGAGCGUGGCCGCGGGGCUGGUGGCCGCUCCCUUACACUGUUUCCGCAGAAACACAUGCGCAGGACAGGGAGGAUGGAGCUGAGGGCCACGAAACCAUCAUCCUUCUUUCUCAAGAAUGACCAUUUAUCGUCUAAAGGAACGAUUUUGUAUCAA